GUCGGCAGGAAAAGUUUUCUCGACGAGGGCAGACGUGUCCUCCUCACCCAGGGGAGGCGCGGGUUCUGCAGCUCCCCGGCCGGAGCUGCGCAGCUAGGUCAGAGGAGCCGAGGAGGAAAGAACAGGGUCGCAAGGAGCCUGGCCCUACAACUUCUAGCCGGGACGGCGGGGCCCGCCCCCGCGGCACCGCCCCCGCCUCCCCCGCCUGAGUCCCUUCCUGCCGCCGCCGCCACCGCCACGGCCGGACCUGUGUGCACCCUGGGCUCCGGGACGCAGGGAUCGAGGAGUUUCCUCAGAGCUAGCGUCCGCUCGCCAGCCUCUUCAGCCCCUCGCCGCCCCUACCUUUCCCCUCCCGGACCCGGGCUGCGCUGGGAGGCGCAGGCGGGCGGCGGCAAUGCGCGGAGGAGGAAAAGGAGAGCAGGAAGGAAAAGACCGUCCCCGGAGAGAAGCCCGCUCCAGCUGCAGCCGCGAGCCCCCUCCCUUUUUCCCGCCCCACAAACGCGGAGAUGGCGGCGGCAGCGGCGAAAGGAAGCGCUGGUUCUCCAGCGCCACUUGGCGCCCCAGCACCGACCGCCACAAGCCGGAGGAGACAGAGGCGGCGCAGCGGCCGCUGGGUCAAUAGGCGCCCGCAGCUCCGGAGCCGAGCAGGCGGCUGACCCCGCCCCCUCCCGAUGUGCCGAGAUGAGGGGGCGGGCCCCCCGGCGCCCAAUCACAGUGCACCGCCCGCCGGGCCCGCCCCGCGCCUGCCUCCCAGUGUCCCAUCAGUAGGAAGACCUCACAAGGCUUUUUUGACCUGACAGGCAGCUUUCUGGGAGUUGAGGCCUUGGGGACAUUCAGGCGCCAGCACUCCACUCCCAACGGGGGUUAAGCUUAUACCCCACUUCCUUUUGUUGUCCAGGUUUCCUAUGCUAGGACACUCGGGCCCGGCGUGCCUGAAAGAGUACUUGGUGAAAGGCUGGAGGAAAUGCAAGAGAAGAGGGCUGCACAUUCUGUUCUGGCUAUUUCCAACUUUGGUGACAGCCUGUUGAAACCUGGGGAAACAAGUCUGACAAAGGGCCCUCCAGGCAGACGUAGACAACUGACUGCGAAAUCCAUGAGUGUAAUCUGAGAAGUGAUGCUUGUGCCAGUUAUUGAUUUAUUGCCUCUCAGCUCCAAAUUCACCCUUUUUGACUGCACUGUGAAAAUGGAUCUGAGCCUUUUAAACAGUUUUUCCGUUUGCCUUCUGGGACUGAAGCUUUGUCAGUAGAGGGCGCUAAAGAGACAUUACAAAAAAAAGGAUUUUGCUUCCAGAUUUCGAUGUAUUGAUAGCCUUUUGCAGCAUACCUGACUUUCUCCAGUGCCAAGGUCCUACAGUGCUCAGUAACUAGCAGUUUCUUCCCGCAUGCCCAACUCUAGGAGCUUUGUAGAGGAGGUAAGACGCUACCCCAUAACUUCUCUGGCACCCUAGAGGCAUUUGUGACAAGUUGCAGAGGGCACAUCUUCCACUAGUUUGCAGAUGUAGCCCAAUGGUGACUUCUCUGCCAUUCAAUGAGCCAGGUCGUGCACUCUCCGAAAGGGUCUAGAUCUUAGCCCUGGGAGGAAUUGGGGAGAUUCUUCAUUGGGCACUCUGUCUCUCAGCCCAAGUGUUAGUUAUAAGGUCAGCUCCUUAUAGCUGCUAUUUCUAUAUUCUUUAAGAUUCUCUUCUUGCUAGUGAAUCCCUUGUUACUCUAAUCCUCUAUUAUAGUUAAUAAUUCCUUUUAUUAAGCCUUCCCUGUCCCAGGAGUAGUCCCAAUAAAUAGAUCUGCAAAGACGGGAUUAGAGGUCAGUUUGAUUGAGGUUUUGAGCUUGAACUCCUUGCCAAAGGGAAAUAUAAUUCAUGGCAUGCUGGGCAUCUCAAGCAAUUAUCUGUGGUUGAUUCCGAUGAAGUGCCAACUGAAGCAUGUGCCCUGGGGGCCCAAAUGGCUGCUACACUUGACUGCUAUGGUUAUAAAGGUGACUAGAAAGACUAUGGUGUGGGAUGGAUUCUUUUGAGUGCUUUUGAAUGGUUAUAAAGAGAAAUGACAAGCACAGGUUUGUUAACUCUCAGAGUUAUGGUAUGAGAACCAGAGAUAUUCUGUAGAAUUCUAAAAUCUCUGGUUUAUUGUAGCAACAAGAAUGAUGCUGAAAAUCAAACACAAAACUUUAAUUUUCAUGUUAUGUUACUGAAUUAUAACCACUAUUAAAUUCACACACAUUCUGAGUUUCUCAUGUAAAAGGAUGUUAUUUUUUUAAUAGGAUUUCAAUACUUAAAAUGGGUUGGACUCAGAUGAAACUGACAGUGUUAAGCACUCAAACUCACUCAUUCUCUUAUCAGUGGAAGUAGGUUGCCCUCCAGUGUCUAAAGAAACUAGCCUUCCUCUGCUUGAAAACCUUGACUAUAGAAGACGACACUAAUUAGAUGGGCUCCCUGAUUUCAAUGGGGAUGACAGGAUCUCAGAAUAGCAGAGUCCAGGAAGCACAUAACCAACAAAGACAAGGUGGGCACAUCAACCUUAAAGGUCAGCAGGAAAUCAGACUGCCUUGGCUUAUGGAGAUGCUCUGGAAACAAAGUAGGUAGGCAGUUGAAAUAGGUUAUUGCUUGAUAUUUAUAACAGGUAAAGCUCUAGGUCGGGUAGCCAAAACCUGACUUGAAUCACCACAGUGGAUAGUCACAGUCUCUCAGUUCUCAGACCUAAGUCAAUUCACAGACCCAUAGUCCCUUGGUUGAAGGAGAAUCUGUGUCCCCGUUAAGAAGGACCUUGUACUUUCCCAUAGUACACAUGGCAGAUUCUUUCACGCUUUCCCCAAAAUGACAUGUGGCCAUUUACUAGUGACUCUGCAUUGUUAAAAAGGAAAUACACAGAUCAUUUGAGUUUUACUAGACACUGGCUCUGAAUUGAUACUAAUUCCUGGGGAUAGAAACCACCGUUAGUCCACAUACCAACUAUGUGGCUACUUUCCCAGUGUAAUUAGAAUAUGUAUUAAUGGCAUAAUUUUAAUGGCAAAAACAGUAAUUACUUUUGCACCAACCUAAUAAUUGAAAUAGGCAUACUUAGCAACUAACAGGAUCCCCACAUUGGGAUUUAGCCAUAGAAUGAGGGCCAUCAUUAGGGAGAGCUAAGUGGAAGCUCCAGGAGCUUAUUGAUUAAUUAUAAACUUAAUCCGGAAGUGAUUCCAAUUGCUUCUGCUGUCUCAAAUGUAUUAUUUUUACUGGAACCAAUCAAGAUAGCACUUGACACUGGUAUAUAGCUAUUGAUGUGGCGAAUGCUGUUUUCUUUAUACCUGUUUGUAAAACCAGCAGAAGCAGUUGGCUUACACAGUAUCAUCUUGGGGGUAUAUCAACUGACAUUAAUAUAGUCCACAGAGUUGUUGAUUGUCUUGACAUGCCAUAAAAUAUCACACUGGUCCACUACAUUGACAACAUUAUGCUGACUGGACCUGAGGAGCAGGAAUUAGCAAGUAUUUGGGGUGUCUUAUUAAUAUGUAUUUGAACUAGAGAGAAGGAGAUAAUGAUCUUGAGUAUGAGAUGACAACUCUAAAGUGGUCACUUCAGAUGUGGGAUAUGUUCUAUUAUGGUACAAGCUAUAUGAGGACAAAACCACUGAGUCACUGAGAGAUGAAUCCAAACAGAUGCUGUGGGUUAGCAAUGGUUAGGAUUGGGGGAAAAAGUGAUUGCUUAAUGAACUGGCCAUACCAAUCAUGUGGCCACGGAAGGAAAGUGGUAUAGGCUGAAUGUAUCUCUUUAAAAUACACAUGAUGAAGUCCCAACCCCCAGUAUCUCAGAGUAUAAUAGUAUAUAGAGAUAAGGUCUUUAAAGAGGAGAUUAAGUUUAAAAGGCGAUUAAGUUAAAAUGAAGCUGUUAGUGAGGCCCUAAUCCAAUCUGACUGGUGUCCUUAUAAGAAGAGAGAGACACCAGGGAUACAUGCACACAGAGAAAAGACUAUGUGAGGACAGACUGGGAUGGCAUGCCAAGGAGAGAGACCUCAGGAGAAACCACACCUGCUGACACUUUGAUCUUGGACUUCCAGCCUCCAAACUGAGAAAAUAAAUUUCUGUUGUUUAAGUCACCCAGUCUGUGGCAUUUUGUUAUGCCAUCCCUAGCCAACGUAUACAGAAGGCAACCACCCAAUUGAUAGAGAUUAGGUAGGUGCAAAAGUAUUUGCAGUUUUUGCAGGUAAUGGAAAAUGUGGUUUUUAUUAAAGGUAAUGGCAAAAAAAAGAACACUAAAUUUACUUUUGCACCAACCUAAUAUUUGCAAAAUGUAUAUUUGCAAACCAUGGAACCAUUGCUAACCCACACCAUCUGUUUGGAUUCAUCUCUCAAUAACUCAGUGGUUUUGUCCUCAUAUAGCUUGUAUCAUCCUAGAACAUACACAUAGAUGGGACUAAUAUCCAAAAUAUAUAUAAUGAGCCCACAUAAUUCAAUAACAAAUAAAUAAACAGCACAAUUUUAAAAUGAACAAAGGACCUGUAUUUUUUCAAAGAAGACAUACAAAUGGCCAACGACUAAUAUUAAAAUGUGCUCUAGGUUGGGCACAGUGGCUCAUUCCUGUAAUCCCAGCAGUUUGAGAGGCUGAGGCUGGCAGAUCACUGGUGAAACCCCUUUUCUACUAAAAAUACAAAAAUUAGUCAUGUGUGGUGGGAGGUGCCUGUAAUCCCAGCUACUGUGGAGGCUGAGGCAGGAGACUCUCUUGAACCAGGAAGCAGAGGUUGCAGUCAGCAGAGGUUGCACUGCUGAACUCCAGCUUGGGCGACACAGCAAGACUCCAUCUCAAAAAACAAAACAAAACAAAACAAAAGUUCUCUAAUCACCAGCCAAAUGCAAAUGAAAGCCACAAUGAGAUAUUACCUGACACCUGUUAGAAUGGCUAUUAGAAACAUGUCAAAUAGUAACAAGAUUUGACCAGGAAAUGGAGAAAAUAAAUGCUCGUAAACUAUUUGUAGUAUUAUAGACUGGUAACCCAUUGUGGAAAACAGUAUGAAGGUGUUUUAAAAAAUUAAAAAUAGAACUACCAUAUUAUCCAGCAAUCCCACUAUUGGGUAUAUAUCCAAAGCAACUUCUCUUUUUGAGAAAAUAAAUUUGGAUCAUCUUGACCAUUUAUUUACUUUACUGAAAUAAGAUUUUACUAUCACUUAUGAAAAAACUGUAUGUUUUCCUGUUGUUACUAACAUACGAGUCUUUCUGUCUCCGAGAGCUGAUAAUAGCCAUUCCAAGAGAUGUGAGGUGAUAUCUCAUUAGAUAGCUUUGUUAUGCCAUCCCUAGCAUUUUCUUUACAGAAUUAUUCACAAUAGCCAAGAUAUGGAAUAAAUCUAAGUGUCCAUCAACCAAUGAAUGAAUAAAGAAAAUGUGGUCUAUAUAAACAACGGAAUAGCAUUCAUCCUUCAAAAAGGAAGGAAAUCCUAUCAUGUACAACAACAUAGAUGAACCUGGGAAACAUUAAGUGAUAUAAGCCAGACUCAGGAAGACAAAUACCACAUGAUCUUGAGGGAAUGUAUUAAACUUCUCUUGCCGGGUCCACAAGGGGCACGGUUUCAAAGACAAGAACUUCCCAGUGACAUGCCUGACCUGUUUUCUCUCAUGUCUCCAUCCUCUCCAUCCAGGAGCCUAGAGUUCUUUGUCUAACUUGCUCGUGUGCAGGAAAGGUAGACUGCCCAGGUGAGCUCCCUUUGCUUAGAAAGCCCAAGAAAAGCUAUGGGAGGACUGUGGGCCAGGCAACCAAUCCAGCAUCAGAGUCAAAAAUCAAUCACUCCAGUGGAAGUUUGGAGGAACUCCUCUCUUGUGACAAGAACUUGAACGGGGUGGGAGUAACUCCCAGAUAAAAAGACCCCCUGCCCCUGACCUGUGUGGACUCCACCUCUGGAUCCCCUCCCGCAACAGCCUCUCUCUUUCUCCCUACUUUUCUUUCUUUCUCUCUCUCUCUCUGUCUAAUAAAUCGCUUUUCUGCAAAA